GGUUUACCCGUAGAUUAUCGACCUUACCCGCGGCUACCGCUGCGGGAUGUGAGUGGCCGUAUUAGUCUGCAAGCGUACCUGACGCUAUGCGAAACGGCCGGACGGAAGCUUGCCGCAACGGAUGGCGAUCGAACGUUGCAGUUGCGUGGUUUGUAGUGGUCUCGGGCCGGACAGCUGGCUGAGCGUUAGUCGUAAUGCUAAGAUGCUCUAGUAGUUGGUGCAUCAGCAACGAGCACAGAACGAGUUUGUCGGACUGGCGGCUUCGGGCAAUUCAUGAAAGCUCUUUCCAGCCUGCUUUGUUAGAGCUGUGCAGACGCGAGCACAACCAUCAAGCAGUGCCUCAGGUCAGCGACCCCGCUCGUAUCAUGCAAGGUGUAUGUGAAGUCGCAAGUGUCAAGCACUGGUCAAGCGCCUGUGGCCGUCCAGACAGCUUAGCUUGGAAACGUCUGUUCCACGGAAAACGUCCUGUUCACUUUCCAAUUGCCCAGAGGAAGAAUAGGACGCUUCGAGAACAGAAGGUUGCCUGCUGUGUCCAGGAUGCGAUGUGUGAUUCAAGAUGGGCCCUGUGCGUUGAUUGGUUGAAAAGGCACCUCGAAGCGCCUGCGACCGUUGGAGCGACCGUUGCCCUCUUUGUUCCUGCUGGCAUAGCUCGCAUAGCUGUGCUCAAGCUAUCAACUGUAAUGGUAGCUUCAUCGAGCAUAUCCAUGUGGAAGGUGAUGCGCCCAGUCAGAGUUGAAGCUGCCAUCCCUGAUCCAAUGAGAAGGAUAGUCUAGGUGCAAGUCAGACGUCCUGCAAGCUACUGCACAUGUCAGCGAAUCGCGAACGCAUCGGUAUGAUGCCUUUACAGCGCCGCCUGACACCGUCGGGACAGAGAAGCGUAUGCAUUACAACCCGCUGUGCUGUGAUUUGGUUCCUUUGAAUUUA